ACAAACUUUCAAUUGCACUUAUGCAAAACACAUCAAUGGAUCUCUUCAUAGUCCUGGCAAUUUGUCUUUCUUGUUUGAUUCUCCUUUUCCUAUGGAACCGAAGCUAUGCCCAAGGGAAGCUGCCACCUGGCCCUACUCCUCUCCCAAUUGUUGGAAACGUUCUACAGAUAAAUAUUAAGAACAUCAAGGAAUCCAUAAGCAAGCUAGCAAAAGUCUACGGCCCGGUGUUCACUGUGUACUUUGGAAGGAAGCCCACUGUGGUGCUCUAUGGAUAUGAGGCAGUGAAGGAAGCCCUGAUUGAUCGGGCUGAGGAGUUCUCUGGCAGAGGCAGUUUUCCAAUUAUAGACAAUAUCUUCCAGGGAUCAGGUAUUGUUUUCAGCAAUGGGGAAAUAUGGAAACAAACUCGGCGAUUCUCCCUCAUGGUUUUGCGGAAUAUGGGAAUGGGAAAGAAGACUAUUGAAGACAGAAUUCAAGAAGAAGCCUUGUGUCUGGUGGAAGCAUUAAGAAAGACCAAUGCAUCUUCCUGUGAUCCUACUUUCCUUCUGAGCUGUGUUCCCUGCAAUGUGAUCUGCUCCAUUAUUUUCCAAAACCGUUUUGAGUACAGUGACAAGCAAUUUCUAACCUUGAUAAACUAUUUUCAUGAGAACUUCAGAAUUGCAAGCACCUUCUGGAUACAGCUCUACAAUUCUUUCCCCUUUUUAAUACAUUAUCUCCCAGGAAGUCAUAAUGAAUUAUUUAAAAACAUUGCUGAACAGAAAAAAUUUAUUUUGGAGAAAGUAAAAGAACACCAGGAAUCCCUAGACCUCAACAACCCUCGAGACUUUAUUGACUACUUUCUGAUUAAAAUGGAAAAGGAAAAGCACAAUAAACACUCUGUAUUUACUAUGGACCACUUGAUCAUCACCAUAUGGGAUGUGUUUACUGCAGGAACAGAGACCACAAGCUCCACCCUGAAAUAUGGAGUCCUGCUCCUGCUAAAGCACCCAGAGGUCGCAGCUAAAGUCCAGGAAGAGAUUGACCGUGUGGUUGGCAGAGAACGGAGCCCCUGCAUGCAAGACAGGAGCCACAUGCCCUACACAGAUGCUGUGGUGCAUGAGAUCCAGAGAUACAUUGACCUCAUCCCUAACAACCUGCCCCAUGUGGUGAGCCAGGACAUUAAGUUCAGAGACUACUUUAUUCCAAAGGGCACAACCAUAUUUACAUCUCUGACUUCUGUCCUGCAUGAUGACAAAGAGUUCCCCAACCCAGAUCAAUUUGAUCCCGGCCACUUCCUUGAUGAAAGUGGCAACUUUAAGAAGAGUGACUACUUCAUGCCUUUUUCAGCAGGAAAAAGAGUUUGUGCUGGAGAAGGCCUGGCCCGCAUGGAGCUGUUUUUACUACUGACGCACAUAUUACAGCAUUUUACCUUGAAAUCUGUGGUUGAUCCAAAGGACAUCGACACCACUCCACUUCUCAGUGGAAUAGGCUCUGUAUCACCCUCCUAUGAAGUCUGUUUCAUUCCAGUCUGAAGAAGGACAAGCUGCCAACCACUGAGCCAGUUUCGCUAGCCUCAUCCAAACAAGCCAGCUGCUAUGCAACCAGUGUUUUAGCCAACAUUGACCUCUUUCUUAACAGCAGAAAUAGCAUUUAUGAGCUGUCUCUUCUAAUUCUUCCCAUCCUUUAAAAACUUUAAAGCCUCUAGUGUGAGAUGUAAGACAAUGUCUUUAUGACUUAGAACUCUGCAAAGAUUUUUCAAAAAAUAGGCCACAAAAGCACUAAUGAUGAAAGAUUGGCAAAUAGGUCUUUCUUUAAAUGAAUAUUUAAACUUCUAUCUAUUCAUCACAAGAUACCAUUUAAGAUCAUCAAAAGGGAAGGUGCACACUAAGAAAAGUAUCUGCAACGAAUAUAUCCAUGAAAGGACUUAUAUUCAGAUUUUUCAAAGAACUAAUAAAAAAAGCCCACAAAGAUACUUCAAGUAAUUUUAAAUGGGCAAACUGUUUGAAUAAUCAUUUCGCAGAAGAGGAUUUUCAAGUGGUCAUUAAACAUGAGAAAGGGUACACAACUAUUUCAGUUAUGUGGGAAAUAAUAGUAAAACCACAGUGAAUUACUAGUAUGUACCUACCAUCCACUAAAAUCUAUAUUCUAUGUGAACAAGGAACUUUGUUUUGUUCACUACUAAAUAUCAAUCACUUGAGCAGUGCCUGGCACAUACAGGCUCAAUAAAUACUUGACAAAUGAAUGAUUACCUGAAUACAUGAACGAAAAAUGAAUGGUUUGUGGGAGUGUGAAUUCAUGCAUUCUCCUUGAAGGAUGGUUUGAUCAUAUCUGUUAAAAUGUAACUGCACACUCCCAUUUUUCCAGCAAUUCCAUUCCUUAGGCAUUUAUUUCAUGGCUAUUCUUGAAUGAGUGCCUUGAUCAAUAUGUAUGUGUGUUCAUUUUAUAACUAUUCACAACAGGUUUGAAAAAAAAUUAAGGUGCUACUGGAGGUGCAAUGUACAUUAUGGUGUACUUUUACAAUGGACAAAUAUACAAAGGUAAAAACAAUUUUCAAAAUCAAGUAAUUCUGAAGUAUUCAUGAGGUGGUAGGCUCUGUCCUCAUAUGAAAACAAUUUGCUCAGUCCUUUUAAUUCCAUGAAAUUGGUACAGUUUAAUUCACCCCCACUUAACUGAUGAGGACACUGAGGCACAAGCAUGUUUAUUAACAUGUCCAAAAGCACAAGACCAGUAAGUGAUAGAGCUGGAGCAUGAAAAGAAGGUCUAACUCCAUUGUUGACCUUUCAAAGUCUACAGUAUGCUGGGUUCUGCUUGAUUCUGGGCAGUCUCCUCAGUGUAAUCCUCCUGGACUGUAGGGCUGAGAGGAACAGCCUCUCUCCCAUCACCUAAAACCAUCCUGAUGUCAAUGAUCUCUUCUCCCUUUUCUUUUCUACUAUUUCAGAAUCUGAGCAGAAGUUUCCUAGCCUCUCAGUGCUAAGACUCAGUCCUAACAUGGACUUUCUUUAACAAAAAAAAAACAUAUUUUUCUCCAGGAGUCCUGGAAAGAGGAGUGAUUGGGGAUUGUCUUCCUAGGUUUUCAUGCCUCCUGUGGUUUUCUGCCCAUGGCAUCACAGAUGGGACCCCUGCAUCCUUUUGUGGCUUUGUGUAAUCUUGGUAUCCUCAGCUUUUGAGAUAUUAAUGUCCUUUGAUGCUUGCUGUUGCUUGUCUAUUCUUCACUAUUUUGAUUUUCUCAAGAUAUUUUUGCGAAAUUUG